AUGAGGCUUUUUGGGCUCUUGAGCCAUUUGUCCUCUUUGUUUCUCCUAUGUUCAUCCUCACAUGGUGAGUUUUCUUUUAAUUUAUUGUUGUUUUGUUUGUUUACUUGCUUAUUCAUUUUCUGA